CAAAACCGAAAACAAAACACCAUGGGCUUUGGUCCCGGCUUUUCCCAACUUUUUCUCUUGUUAUUAUUCCAGACGGCGCAAAGUUGGUUGUCUUCUUCCAAGUUGUAUGGUCCGACUGAAUCAAUACAGAGAGCGUCGACUCCGUCAUUUUCAUCGAGCAUUGUAAAUUCUCGGUUGUUCGGCGUGUCCACUUCGGUUCCCGGUAUCGCAACCGACAUUCCACGGCUGGAGCCUCGACACCUACGAGAGCUUUCGGAGAAUCAGUACGUCGUAAUUUGUGACUUUUUGCCGGAGUCGUUACAAACCGCUCUGCGUCAAGACGUUCAGGACCUUCGCCAGGCCGAAAAAUUCACAGUGGCCAAGAUCCGUCAAGACGCAACCAACAAGCUCAAUACCAACAUUCGCGUCGCUGAAAGCUGCUUUUUGGGGCCUACCAAACUAAAGACUUUCCCGAGCGCCUAUAGGGAUCAACUUUACGUGAUUCUGGACCAAGUCAAGGCCGAUUUGAACAGUCAUUUUGGCAAACCGUUGGACAGUCAGCUGACGGAGCUCUUGUAUGCGUUCUAUCCGCAAGGAGGUUUCUACCGAAGGCAUCGUGACGCAAUUCCAGGCUCGGCUUCAACAUUACGAGAGUAUUCGCUUCUGCUGUAUCUCAAUAAGGAUUGGAAUGAACAAGACGGUGGACAACUACGGUUACAUUUCGACUCUGGUGAUGACGAAUUACCAGCAGGGGAAGAAGCGCAAUGCCGCGAUGUCUUGCCUCAGAGUGGUACGUUGGUCCUGUUCCGAAGCAACGCCAUUCCACACGAAGUCCUAGAUACACAGAAGGAGCGUGUCGCCAUCAUCGGUUGGUAUAACCGACCCGUGGCGAGUACCGAUAUUGGGGAACUAGCAGGUGUGGAUCUCAAUCCAACGCGAGUCGCACUGAUGGGCGUUGCAGCCUCCCUCAUCACGGUAGGGGUUGGGAUGCUUAUUUCAGCAUCAUAG